AAAGGCUGUUGUUAACAUCACGAAUGUAGCAAACGCAUUUACACCGCGAGUUUUCUUUUUAACAGACAAGUUUAUAGUAUUUACAAGCGCAAACCGGCUGCCAAAAGAAGACUCAAAGACAUCGCAGAAGCAGGAUUAAGACGACUAAACAGGAGACGCUUGAAUAUAUAUAGUAACCUCAGCCAUUUUGCCUGCGCGCUGCCCGAGGGCUAUUUAUUCUCGGACCGCACGGUAUGCAAACCCACCGCAACUCCGUGCCAAACAAGUGAAGCGGAGAUGGGUUUGCUCUUCAACAUCUGAACUGCUUCCAGAGCCCCAUUGCUUUUGUUGACAGCCGAGGGGAGAGACAGACAGAACGGAAAGGAUGGACUGCUACCUGUUGGGGAUUUACCUGUUCCUCGCACUUGCCCUCCUGCCCCGGUCGAGCGGCACCACGGCCAAGGAGAUCACCUGCCAGGAAAUAGCCGUGCCUCUGUGCAAGGGCAUCGGCUACAACUACACCUACAUGCCCAACCAGUUCAACCACGACACGCAGGAUGAAGCGGGCUUGGAGGUGCACCAGUUCUGGCCUCUUGUGGAGAUCCAAUGCUCCCCGGAUCUCAAGUUCUUCCUAUGCAGUAUGUAUACCCCCAUUUGCCUGGAGGACUAUAAGAAGCCCCUGCCGCCGUGCCGGAGCGUAUGCGAGCGAGCCAAGGCGGGUUGCGCGCCGCUCAUGCGGCAAUACGGCUUCCCCUGGCCGGACCGGAUGAGGUGCGAUUUGCUGCCCGUGCAGGGCGCACCCGACACACUGUGCAUGGACUACAACCGCACCGACUCCACCACUGUGUCACCGGUGCUGUCCAAACCCACGAACUACCCCAACAAACCAUUAAACCCGCAUAAAAAGAAAAGCGGGCGUCUGGGAGUCGGACCUAAGGCGAGUAAACCCUGCGAGCCGGGCUGCCAGUGCCGAGCGCCGAUGGUGGCGGUGAACAGCGACCGACACCCGCUGUACAACCGCGUCAAGACGGGUCAAAUCCCGAACUGCGCAAUGCCGUGUCACAACCCGUAUUUCACCCAGGACGAACGGACCUUCACGGCCUUCUGGAUCGGACUUUGGUCAGUGUUGUGCUUCAUAUCGACAUUCGCCACCGUGGCGACGUUUUUAAUCGACAUGGAGCGAUUUAAAUACCCCGAACGCCCGAUUGUUUUUCUGUCGGCGUGCUACAUGUUCGUGUCCAUCGGUUACAUUGUGCGCUUAAUCGCCGGGCACGAAAAGGUGGCGUGCAAUCGGGAGUACGACGUGGAGCACAUUCACUACGAAACCACCGGCCCCGCGCUGUGCACAGUCGUGUUUUUGUUGAUCUAUUUCUUCGGGAUGGCUAGCUCCAUAUGGUGGGUCAUUCUCUCCCUCACCUGGUUCCUGGCGGCGGGCAUGAAAUGGGGCAACGAGGCCAUCGCGGGUUACUCGCAGUACUUCCACCUGGCCGCUUGGCUCAUCCCGUCCAUGAAAUCCAUCGCCGUGCUCGCCUUGAGCUCGGUGGACGGAGACCCUGUGGCCGGGAUCUGCUACGUGGGCAACCAGAACUUGGACAACCUGCGGGGCUUUGUCUUGGCACCGUUGGUGAUCUACUUAUUUAUCGGCACCAUGUUCCUUCUGGCUGGAUUUGUGUCCUUGUUUCGGAUCAGAAGCGUCAUUAAGCAAGGGGGCACCAAAACGGACAAACUCGAGAAGUUGAUGAUCCGAAUCGGGAUCUUCACGGUGCUCUACACGGUUCCCGCCACCAUCAUCGUGGCGUGUUAUUUCUACGAGCAGCAUAACAGACAGAGCUGGGAAAUCACUCAUAACUGCUCGUGUUUAUUAGAACAGGAGAUCAAGAGACCGGACUAUGCUGUUUUCAUGCUGAAGUACUUCAUGUGCCUUCUGGUGGGCAUCACAUCUGGGGUUUGGACCUGGUCUGGAAAGACUCUGGAGUCCUGGAGGACUUUCUGUACACGCUGUUGUUGGGGCAGUAAGGGCUCUGGUGGUUCCAUGUAUAGUGACGUGAGCACGGGAUUAACGUGGAGGUCCGGCACCGCCAGCUCAGUCUCCUGCCCCAAGCAGAUGCCUUUGUCCCAGGUCUGACUCAAGAAAAGCCCGCUAAUUGUUUGGGGUCUCUUGGUGUUCCUCUCAUUUGCAUUGAAAUGAACCUGUUGAUGAUUUCUAUUAGCUGGAGAACUGGUUGAAACAAUGCAGCGAUGCUGAAACAAUUACUUUUAGCUAAUUCCAUUCUAUUGAUAUGGACACGACAUGCAAUCAGUCAUUCUUUAAGGAGAAUUUUGGGCAUUACAUUGUUCCUAGUGGAGUAACACAUGUCCCCAACCUGCAGCAUUUUCUGUCAUUUCCAUUUACACAUUGUUGUAAGACAAGUUUUGAAUUGUCUGAACAAUCAAAGAUGGUUCAAAUAAGCCUUAAUGUCUUCGUGCCCCAUUAUUAUUAUUACUAUUAUUAUAUACGGGUUGUUGAUUUUUAAUUGCAAAAUGUAUUUAUACAGUGGUUAUGUACAAACUUGUAAAUUGUGUAUAAAAGAAGAUUUCUAAAAUGAUUGUACAUUUGUAUAUAGUGUAGAUGCCACGUGAAAAAGCAAAUAUUACCUUUAUUUUGACAAUAAAAACUUUUUGGAGGAAUCUGCAUUACUCAAACAGCUUUAAUGUUAGAGGGUUCUGGUAAUGAGUGCUUGGCACGACUCUUUGUGGUCAUUCCCAUUGAAGAUGCUUUUGUGGGUUCUGUUAAGAGAAACUCUUUUUAGCUAUCUGAGGCCUAAUUAGAGACGAGGGCCAUGCGUUGGAGAAUCUCCGUAAUUGUUGAACUCUUCACGUGCUUGCUACUUAAUUAACUAAAAGAGGGCCGGGGAAUGGGCUUUAAAUGCA